GUCUGCUAUUGUGUGUUUAGAAUAGGUUAUGCGUUUUAUGCUUGGCAAGCAUAGUUAUUGAAAAAAGGUUUAAAAGUGAUAAAGUUUAGAAAAAUUUAAGAAUAUUGAAAAUAAUAUUCUUGUUUUUUAAUAAUUGAAAAUUAGCGACUCAUUGGAAACGUUUGAAGAUAACAAUCUGUAAAAUGGAGCAGUUAAAAUCAACUCUCGAUCAGGAUAAUAUGGAAUUUAACUACAAGAAGAUAAAAGAAAAUGUGUACAACUUAAAAUUACCAAACCAAAGGUGGACGACAAUAAAGGAUCCAAGUGGUAAAAUAAUGUUUUUAAGAAUUGAGGAAGAUUAUCGCUCAUAUUUAGCAGUUUCUAUUAACUCAGAGCUGGAUAUGAAAGUUUACUAUCGUUCGAAAGUAUUAAAGUGGAUAAAGUGCGACAAACCGCAGAAGGAAGAAGAUAUUGAAAAUGUCUUACAAAUGAUUGAUAGAAUUAUUUACUCUGAAAUAAUGUUCUUCUUGAUUCAGGUUGACAAUAAAGAGAAUUAA